CCAAUAAGCCGCGCGUUCGCAUCUACCUCGUGAAGGCUGAAGGCUGAUCGUAGACAGAGCUUUUUCUUCCUCCCGGGGGGAGAGGCGGUGGUGGUGCAGCAACGCUAUCAGCAACGGCGGCGAUUGGCGUCGGGGUGCAGCCGUUAUCAUCCGGCUAUCAUAGCACAGUGCCACCCCAGAACGGAAGGGGUGGUUCGCCACUUCGUGUCGCGGCGAUGGUAGCAGCUGCCUCCGCUACGGCCACCGCCACUGCCAGCGUGGUGGCCAUGCAGGACCGCCAGGACAUCCCCUCGCAAUUCAAUCAGAUGCAGAGCCAACAUGGAAUACCCCACCAAACGUACAACGCGGGGUACGGCCAAAGAGGACCAAUGGCAGGAAUGGGGCCAGUCGGAAUGAACAAUUUUAACAGCAUGGGCACGAUGAGCCCGAUGCACACUAUGAAUUCCAUGAAUUCGAUGAACAGUAUGAAUGGCAUGAACUCGAUGAAUCCCAUGACAAUGGGAGGAAUGAACGGUAUGAACGGUAUGAACGGUAUGAGCGGUAUGAAUGCUAUGAACGGAAUGACACCCAUGAACUCCAUGAGCAACAUGGGUAACGUAGCCAUGAACAACAUGAUGGGACCCAACAACAUGCAAAUGAACAAGAUGCAGGCUCAGCCGCAUCAAGGCUAUCAACGGAGAUUAGCGCCUUAUCCGACCCCAGCCAUGCAUAUGGCGCAAAAGCGGCAGCAGGUUCCGUACGCUGCUCAGAAUCCAGCGGCUAUGCAGCAGGGUUUCAACGGCAUGACGGCGGCCCCGAAUUAUCCGAAUACCUAUCCCACCGGAGCGAGGCCGAAUUUCCAGCAACAGUAUCAGUCUAUGCAGAGCAUGAAUCCCACAGCGGCCGGCUUCGGGCCCAACGCGAUGAUACGAGGGACGAAUAUGAGGCAAACGGCGCCGGCUUACAAUGCCCCGUCUCAGACGGCCGCCGCAAACCAAUACGGCUACGGUAGUAACGGGGUUCCCGGUGUCUGCAUGGUCCCACCUACCUCGGUUGGCAACCAGUUCGUCGGUCAUCAGCCGAACACGGGAUAUGGCGGCGGCAACGCGUCAUACGGCGCGUCCGCCGUGGCCGCCCAGUCACUGGCGACCAGUCAAUACCAGCAAGAGGUGGUAUCGAUGAGAUCGACGAACGGGGGCAACGUGAAUUAUCAGCACAGUCCCAUCCCCGGUAAUCCGACGCCUCCGUUGACACCCGCCACCAGCAUGCCGCCUUACAUCAGUCCGAAUCCGGACAUUAAGCCUAAUUUCAAUGAGAUGAAAUCGCCUGUCAACAUUCAGAAUGAUGAAUUGAGACUAACAUUCCCCGUAAGAGACGGUAUAAUUCUUCCACCCUUCCGCCUAGAGCACAAUUUGGCUGUUAGCAAUCAUGUAUUCCAACUGAAGCCCACGGUGCAUCAGACGCUAGUUUGGCGAUCAGAUCUGGAGCUACAGCUAAAAUGUUUCCACCACGAAGAUAGACAGAUGAACACGAAUUGGCCGGCGAGUGUGCAAGUCUCCGUUAACGCGACUCCCCUUGUGAUCGACCGCGGGGACAACAAAGCUUCUCACAAGCCUCUCUACUUGAAGGACGUCUGUCAAGCAGGAAGGAACACAAUACAGAUUACCGUAUCCGCAUGCUGUUGUAAUAUGUGUGUAAUACGAUUACAGUCACAUCUAUUUGUACUACAAUUGGUUCACCGACCCAGUGUGCGAAGUGUACUUCAGGGAUUAUUACGUAAAAGGCUGUUGACGGCAGACCACUGUAUAACGAAAAUUAAAAGAAAUUUCAGUAAUACGAUGUCGAACAAUGGUAUACAAUCAGAGAAAGAUGUAGUGGAACAAACAGCACUAAAGCCAUGUACAUCUUAUUGCGUGCAGGUACUCUUAAAAUGUCCUAUUACCCAUAAACGCAUUACACUGCCAGCUAGAGGACAUGAAUGCAAGCACAUACAGUGUUUCGAUUUGGAAUCGUACUUGCAAAUGAACUGCGAACGGGGUAACUGGAGGUGUCCAGUAUGCUCGAAAUCCGCGCAGUUGGAAGGCCUAGAGGUUGAUCAGUAUAUGUGGGGUAUUUUGAAUACAUUAAAUACCACCGAAGUUGACGAAGUGACGAUAGACUCGCUCGCUAACUGGAAACCCGCGAAAAAUUUAACUAAUAUUAAAUCCGAAGAAGAAAAUGAUUGUAAAAGAACAACCAAGGCCAUGUCGCCAGGCAGUAUGAAUAUGCCAACAAUGAACAAUUGGGAUAUGAAUCAGGCUAUGAGUCCUUACAUACCGCCCGAUAUGAACAGCAUCGUGAGCGGCUCGAUGAUGAACAACACAUCUUCCACGUAUCCGAAUAACAGUAUAAACCAUCGGAAUACGUCCGGUGGAACGUACGAGAUAAACUCUGGGACGAAUACUAUCGGCAAUAAUGAUUACGUCAGUGGAACAGGUCCGCUCUCGCACUUAAACGAAUCCGUUAAUUCUUUAGAUCCUCUCAACGCUAUGGAGAAAUCACUCAAUGACCAGAUGCCUCAUACCCCUCAUACGCCGCACACUCCGCAAUCUACCCCUCACACGCCAGCUGGUGGUGCCAGCGGGCCGCCGAGCGUUCCGCCCGCGUCGCAAGAAUCCACGGGAAACCACAACACCUCCGGCAAUACGAGUACAACCAUAAAUAACGACACCGCUACGGACAUACCGUCGGACUUAAAUUUCGAUCCCGCUGCAGUUAUAGACGGGGAAGGUACCGGCCAAGAGGCGUUAAAUCUCUUGCCAGACAAUGUGGACGCAAUGGAACUUCUCUCAUAUCUCGAUCCUCCGGACCUAAACACUCCACCUAGUAGCGGCGCUAGCAGUGGUAAUCCUUCCUCUAACGACGACAUAUUGGCACUCUUUGAAUAAGAAAAAAAAUGAGAUAAAAGGCGAGUGACUAUUUCGUAAAAAUGUAAUCAAAUUGUGACCCCCUCACUUUGUAACAAAGUGAUGAACGAGUGAACAUGUCUCGCUGCAAACGUUCUUCUGACUACAGUAUGCUUUCGUGCAAGUUUCUUAGAAUCCUGUGGAAUGAACGAAGUUGAAUGAGAUAUUCAAUUUUUGUCUCUGAUAGGAGAAUAAAUUUGGAAGUCUACUGUAUGUGAGCGCUUGCGGUAAAAAAAA